CAACCAUAUCUUUUUUUCAACUUCACACGCCAUCAUUAAUACUUCUUCAUCAUUUCAUCUUCUCCAUCUCCCAAUUUCUUCAACAUAUUUCCAUAUCUUUAUUUUUCUUCAACCCAUUUCUCUCUCUAAACCCUUUUUUCUUUCUUCAUUUCAUCAUGGUUUCAAACAAGCCAAGCUCAUCCACUCUUUCCUCAGAUGAGACAGAAACAGUACCGAUGCCAACCACAAAUACCGAAUCUCCAACUGAGUUGGAGGCUACUCAAUUGCUUCUUGGUGAAGCAUUCGAAAUAAUCUAUAUACUUCACUCUAAAAUUGAAAGACUCACCACCACCGGAUCGAACGAGAAAGAGACAUUGGAAAGGGAGAUGAGUUUAUUGUUGGCUAAUAUUGACAAUUUUAUAAAAGAAACGGUCGGAGUCUUCAAAGGGAUGAAUAAAAAGGUUAAUGAUUUACUUCAGAUACAAAGUUACUUAAUCAACAUUGUGGUGCAAGGCAAAAAUUAGAAGACAAAAGGAGAAGUAUUUAAUUUAUAAACUCUUACUUUUUGUCAAUGGUUUGUAUUAAUAUUUUGAACAAUGAUUUUUAGUUGUUUUGUUUUAUGAAUAU